CUUUCCCCCAUCGGAUUCCACCCACACGAUGUCGGCGAUGGCCACGACCGCCACCGCCACCGCGAAGCCACCGGCGGCGGGGGCGGGGGCCGGAGGGGAGGUGUCGGAGGUGGAGCUCUCGGAGGCGGGGUCGCCGGAUGUGGGGAGCCAGAGCAGCGGGAGCGGGAGCGGGCGGAGCGCGGCGGGGUCGUCCGGGUGGGUGUACCACCUCGGCGUCAACUCCAUCGGCCACGAGUACCACCACCUCCGGUUCCUCGUCAUCAGCGGGAAGACCGUCGCCAUGUACAAGCGCGACCCGAGCAAGCACCCCGGAAUCCAACCUAUCCGAAAGGGCAUUGUAAGUCACACUCUUAUGGUAGAGGAGCUUGGUCGCCGGAUUACCAGCCAUGGGGAUUUGUAUGUCUUGCGACUUUACAAUCGGUUGGAUCAAACAAAGAAAGGAGAGAUUGCAUGUGGGGACCCCGGUGAAGCUCGUAAAUGGAUUGAAGCAUUUGAGCAGGCAAAACAGCAGGCUGAUCAUGACCUGAUGACGAGAGGGAAUAGAUCACAGAAUGAAAAUGAGCUUAAUCUUGAUGGGCAUCGACCACGUGUAAGGAGAUAUGCACAAGGAUUGGGAAAACUCGUACGAAUUGGUAAAGGGCCAGAAAAGCUCCUGCGUCAGUCUUCAGAUCUUCAAAGCCAUGAGAUAAUUAAUACACACUUUGGAGGUGAUUCUGGAGAUGCAUUUGAAGCACACGAAUGGAGAUGUGUUCGAACAUUUAAUGGUGUAAGAAUUUUUGAAGAUAUUGCAAACCCAAAGGGAGGAAAAGGGCUACUUCUUAAGUCUGUUGGUGUGGUUGGGGCAAAUCCUGAUACUGUAUUUGAAGUGGUUCUCAGCUUUGAUAAGCAUAAACGAUAUGAGUGGGAUAUGCUGACUGCCGAUUUGGAAUUGGUAGAAACAAUUGAUGGAUAUUAUGAUGUAGUUUAUGGGACCUAUGAACCUAGAUAUUUAAACUGGUGGAAAACAAAAAAGGAUUUUGUUUUCUCCAGACAAUGGUUUCGUGGACAAGAUGGGGCAUAUAUCAUUUUGCAGACUCCUGCUAGUCACAAGAAAAAACCUCCGAGGCAUGGCUAUGAGCGUACAAAAGUCAAUUCCUCGACAUUGGAACUAAGGAGGUUGAACACACCAGGAUCAUCAACUCCAAAGUGCCUUGUUACUCAUAUGUUGGAAAUGACCCCAAGUUUUUGGGAUAGAUGGAAGAGAAAACACAACGUGAAUUUCGACAGAAGUAUUGCUUUUGCUUUGCUCAGCCAAGUAGCAGGCCUAAGAGAAUACUUUGCAGCAAAUCCAGCUUUGACAUCUGAUUUGCCUUCAAUAGUAGUGAAGCCCAAAGCAUCUGAUUCUUUGAUCAUCCAGAGUGAACUGGAAGAUUGUGAACUUAAUGAUGAAUUCUAUGAUGCACUUGCUAGAGGUGAAUCCUUUGAAGAUGAGGAUAGUGAUGAUGAUGAUGAUGAUGAUAUGAUUCCUAAGGUUGGAAAAGUGAAGUUCAAGAAUGUUUCAUGGGCUAUCGCUGGUCUUGCUAUGAAGCCCACUAAAGCUUCGGUCGAGAAGAGUGAAUUGGUUACAAAUUCAACUCCUAUAACUAUUGACCCAAACCAUUUCCAUGGCACUCUUCAACGAGCGAAAAGAGAAGGCGACCCAAACUCUUGGAGUGAGCCUGGUGGAGAGAAGUUUAUGAUAAGAGGAAAGACUUACCUGACAGAUUACACUAAGGUUGUUGGAGGUGAUCCCCUUCUAAAACUUAUUGCUGUUGAUUGGUUUAAGGCUGAUGAGCGUUUUGAUUCAGUUGCCUUGCACCCCAAGAGCCUUGUUCAGUCAGAAGCUGCAAAGAAGAUUCCUUUCCUUCUUGUCAUAAACUUACAGGUUCCAGCAAAGCCAAGCUAUAACUUGGUCAUGUAUUAUGCAGCACAAAGGCCAGUGAAUAAAGAUUCUCUGUUGGGCAGAUUCAUUGAUGGAACCGACGCAUUCCGAGAUGCCAGAUUUAAACUUAUACCAAGUAUUGUUGAUGGUUAUUGGAUGGUAAAGCGUGCAGUUGGGACAAAAGCUUGCCUUCUGGGAAAAGCAGUAACAUGCAAUUACCUUCGCCAGGAUAACUUUCUAGAGAUAGAUGUUGACAUUGGUUCUUCAUCUGUUGCACGGAGUAUUAUUGGUCUAGUCCUGAAAUACGUCACAGGCCUCAUUGUUGAUCUUGCUAUUCUAAUUGAGGCAAAGGAAGAGAGAGAGCUGCCUGAAUACAUUCUUGGCACAGUUCGCCUAAACCAUCCGAAUCCUGACUCUGCUGUACCCAUCUAAGUUCGUUCCGUAUUUCAGCUCAAUUCUCCAUUUCUCCCACAGAAAAGGUGGGAGUUUUUGGCAGAUCUGCUUUCUGCAGUUAUCCUCUAUAUCUGUGGUUCCAACUUGCAUACCAUUUGUAAAAAGAAGGUAGCAUCAAUUUCACAUGUACAGAUUACAGGCAUGAUGCUGUCGUACACGCAUAUAGAGGAAAUGAGCGUUUAUUUA